UAGGCGCGCGCGAGCGGGUAUAAACUCCGUUAUAUGCGGCUGCGAUGCCGGCCCCGUCCGGUUAUAUACACCGUCCACUUCAGCUCGGCCGAUCCGAUCCACUGCUUCGCGCGCGCAGUCUCUCGCCGUCGCUGCAGCCGCGCGCAGCUCGUGCAUGUCGUACACUGUAUUAUAUAUUUAUCCGCAGUUUUUUUCUUCUCUCUCGCUCCCUCCGGCGGACGGGAUAGUAAACAAGCGCCGCGUGUUGUGUCGUCGUGUGCGCUUCGCGACGUCAAGUGCAAGGGCGCUCCACGGACCACGGUCCACCUGCUGCAGUUUAAUUCGCGGGAUAUAGCGAGAUGCCCGACGUCAUCGAGGACGAGAUCAGGCAUGUGCUCGCGGGCCAGAGCACGCGCGUCGCCGACGAUCUCUGCGACUACAGCCUGGAACAGCAGAACGAAGCAGCCGAGGCAAAUGGAAUCAAGCCAGCAGUGAGUUCAUCCUAUGUUCCAGUUUGCCAAAAAACAGUCACGUACAUUGUAGCUGCUGUACUUAUCAAUGAACACGAUGAAGUACUGAUGAUGCAAGAGGCAAAACCAUCCUGCAUGGGAAAGUGGUAUUUGCCUGCUGGUCGUGUGGAAGCAAAUGAAAAUCUAAUAGAUGCUAUGAAGCGAGAAGUCCUAGAAGAAACUGGUCUCUUAAUGGAUCCAAAGUCGCUGAUAAUGGUCGAAUGUGCCAGUGGAUCGUGGUUUCGAUUUGUCAUGACUGGCAGUAUUGUUGGAGGCAGCUUAAAAACACCAGAUCAAUCCAAUGAAGAAUCUCUGCAAGCGUGUUGGGUUCGAGAAGUGACAAGCUUACAACUAAGGUCAAGCGAUAUUUUGACCCUCAUUCAAAAAGGUAGAGAUUUCAUCAAAAAAGUAAAUGGACCAUGGCAUUCCCACAUUUUACCAGUUGAGAAGGCCCGCAAUAAAUUAUACUUGCGAUUAAUUGUGUGCAUCAAAAAGAAAGCAACGAACAGACUGCAUGUCCUGAUGUCUGAGAAAACAUCUUUACAUCUGCCAGUUUGUGAAAUUAAUCCAUCGAGAAAUUUACACUCUACUCUCCAUAGGUUUAUGGUGGAAAUUUUUGGAGAAGGCAUUCCACAGCACAAACCACACGGUUUGCUAUCAGUAGAGUUCAGUGGUACUGGAGAAGGUGAUGGCCUUUGUUUGACAUUACUCAUAUCAUUUAGGCCUCCACUAGAAGAGGUCUCUAUCAGUGGAAAAUACAUAUGGCAUGAAUUGCCACAGUCACUUGCAGAAACAAUAACAGCACGAUUGCCUCGUAAUAUGACAAUCCCACUUAGCGUAGUACGUUGAUCAUAUCAACAAAUUUUUUUUCUAAAUAGCUAUUAAGUGUUAUGACUUUUUCUCUAUAAAGUUUUGACAACAAGCGCAUUAAAGAUGCCUCAAAAUUAUUAUGUACAAUAAUGAAUGAAGCCAGUUUGAGAAAUUUAUGACGGUGAUUAGCAAUAUUAAUCGUGAAAUUUUAACAUACAAACUUUAUAGUCAGAUAGUAUUAUAUCAACGCUCUAUAAAAAAAGAAAGAUAGUUUUUGAAUAUCAUCUAGAGUAACCUUCAACGAUAAGGAGAAGCUAUAUUUAGAAUAACAAAUGUACAUAUUUUAUAAAUAUCAAAAGUGCAUUAAAAUUAUAGGGGUUGUCAUUAAAAUUAUCUAAUAGACAAAUAAAAUUAGUACUUACUAAACAAUGUUUGAAUGAGGAUAAUAUUGGCAUAUCAAAUACUUCUUUUAAUAACAAAUACAUUUUGUUUAAUUGCUAUUUAACGUGAUUCUUAUUAGAAUAUUUAUUUGUGACAACACUGGUACUGAGUGUACUGAUAUAAAAAUUUCCUUGUGAAAAUCAAGAUCGCGCAAUAAUAACUUUAUAUCACGGUUUUUAGUCAGCUAGAUAUCACACAUUUCUGAUAUAUAUAGAAAAGGUGGUGCAACAUAGUAAUAAAACUUAUAAAAAAAGUAUUUCUAUAAGCAAAUUUUUUAAUAUAUAUAUAUAUAUAUAUAUAUAUAUAUACAUUUAUAUAUAGCAAAUACUGAUAUUUUCAUAUCUAGAAUGUAUACCUAUUCAGUAAAACGUUAUUUAACUCUGAUUAAUACAAAUAUUAUUUAUUUUGUAAUUAUAUAUUUUAUUUUUUAUCUAUGAGAUAAGAAAACGUAUAAACAAAAAUCAGGCAAAAGAUUUAAUGUAUGUACAACGUUAUCUAAUACUCAAUCGUGCAAUUGUAAAAAUAGUUAUAAUGUUUUAUUGCAUGUAUACUUCAUUAUUGACAAAACCAUUUAUCAUAUAUUUAUAUAAUUAUUAGUUGAAUAUGAGUUAUUUUAUAUUGUAUUUUGUUAAUAAAAGGUUUCUAUUUGAAAAUUAAUCUUAGACUUUUUAUUGAAUCACAAAGUUUAUAAAAAUAGUAAUAAAAAACAACGUAUUACAUACUUGAUACAAUAGUAGUUAAGAUAAGUCAACAUUUUCUCGUAUGAAAAUAAAAAAUGUAAA